UAUAAAGGAUAUCAUAUUAAUAGUUCAGGUUCAAACUCCCUCAGUCGACAAUUUGGUUAGAACUAGGUUGUGAUGAUCUAUGGUUAGAACAAAUAACAUUGUCGUGAUCCAUCUUAAUAUAGGUGAUCUGUGUGCAAUGUAAAGCGAGUAUAGAUUGACAGAUGACAUUGCUUUAAUUAAAUCAGUAGCUACGUUGCUAUAGGUACUAUAAACUCCGCAAUAACAUUUACACUCAGAUAUAUAAGGCUUGAUUACCAAGCGUAUAACUAUGAUUUGAAAAUGUAAUUUGAAUAAAUGAGAUUAGAUUUCAAUAAUUGUAUAAUUCACAUAACACGUCAUUUAACUAGAAACCACGAUGAAAUACCCAGCAGCAGUUUUAGUUAUAACUGUUUUAAGCAUUUGUCUAGUUGCAACUAGCGGAAAAAUAGUUAGAGCAAGACUAGAGAGCUGUCCAGGGUGCUCCUUGAAUCGUCUUCUAGAAGUAAGGCAGUUUGCGUAUGAAGAUAUAAAAAAAUAUAAAGACGUGGAAUGGAAGAAAAUAUCUGGAGCAAAACCAGAACUUGUUUUUUUAAAUGAUCAAGAUGAAGAAAUUGAAAGAGUUCCAUUAAGUACUCUAAAUAGAAAAGAAUGCAAUGAGGUACUAACAAGUCGAGGUUUUACAAAAGAGAAGAAUGAAGAGCUUUGAUUGGCACUGAAGGAAAUUUCAACUUAAAAAUGCUAAUAUUACAACAUGAGACUAAAAACAGUUUUAGUUGCAUUGUAAUUUUCAAUAAAUAUUUCAUAUAUUUUCACAAA